AUGGUUGCAGAAAAGGGCAGUCUUCUGAAGCGAAUGGAGCUGUUGUGUGAGGAGGAGGAGGUUAUCGUUUCCACCUCUGCAGGUGGCAGUCCGAUGGAUCCGAUGGUGAUGAAGAGACCUCAGUUGUACGGCAUGGGCAAUAACCCUCACUCUCAGGCGCAGCAGAGCAGCCCCUACCCUGGGCAGUCCUACGGCCCUCCCGGCCCCCAGCGCUAUCCCGUGGGAAUGCAGGGCCGAGCCCCGGCAGCCAUGGGAGGAAUGCAGUAUCCACAGCAACAGAUACCGCCUCAGUAUGGUCAGCAAGGUGUAAGUGGCUACUGCCAGCAGGGCCAACAGCCGUACUACAACCAGCAGCCGCAGCCUCAGCACCUGCCACCCCAGGCGCAAUAUCUAUCGCAGGCUCAGCAGAGGUACCAGGCUCAGCAGGACAUGUCUCAGGAAGGCUAUGGAACCAGAUCUCAACCCCCUAUGGCCCCAGGAAAGCCUAAUCAUGAAGACUUGAAUCUAAUCCAGCAAGAAAGACCAUCAAGCUUACCA